AUCACGACCUAUUUCUCGGAUUUUUUUUUGGAAGACAUUCACCAAAAUAUUUUGAUUUUUUGGGGAUUUUUACAAUUAGUAUAUGUGAUCUUCGAUCAUUCGCUAGGCAAAAUCAGUGAACUAAAGAGCUACCUCUGACGAACUUUUAUUGAUUUAGUUUAAAGUACAUUCUACAAAGUCAUUGCAACCAUACAAAUUUAUCUUAUCGAUUGUAAAUGAUUAAUUUUUAGUUUCUCUGCACCGUCAAUGUGACAGUCGAUGCGAUUUGAAGUGAUUAGUGGAAACAGUUGAACAGUUCGAAAUGGAAUCAAAACAGUCAGAAGUGAUGAAUGAACGUCGUUAUAUUGCCGUGAAUACCGAUGAGGUGUUCAAAAUGCCGUAUGCCAAAAACUUGGACGACGAUGGUGGAAUUCAACACGAUGUAGAUUCGAUGCUAUUGAUGGAUACGGGCAAAAAACAACAACCAGAAUUACCAUAUCCGAGACGAGUGUUAAGCAUCAUAUUGAAUGAAUUCGGAAACCGGUUCAAUUAUCUUGGCGUUAAGACAAUUUUGGUUCUUUACAUGACAAGGAAGUUAGAUAUGGACGAAGAUUUUGUUACCGUACAAUAUCAUAUCUUCACAAUGGUGGUAUACAUCAUGUGUGUGUUUGGUGCCAUUCUGUCUGACUCUUGGUUGGGAAAAUUCAAGGCAACAUUGUAUUUGUCAAUAAUCAAUUUGAUGGGCAACGUUUGCAUUGCCAUAUCGGCCAUUCCACACGAAGACAUACCAACCAAACUACUACUAUAUCUUGGCUUAGCCUUGAUGGCUACAGGCUAUGGUGGAAUAAAGCCAAAUGUAGCCGCAUUUGCCGGUGAUCAAUUUAAGUUACCGGAACAAGCCGCACAAAUGGAAAAGACCUACUCACUAUUAUAUUUUUGUGUUAAUAUCGGUGCUCUUGCCACAACGACGAUGACACCAAUCAUUCGAUCGGAGACGCAUUGCUUCGGUGACAAUGAAUGUUAUUCACUUGCGUUCGGCGUACCGGUUAUUCUAACCACAAUUGCUGUCGUUUUAUUUGUGGCUGGAAAAUCUUCAUACACGAUGAAUCCGCCGUCUGGAAAUAUGCUGGUUCAAGUCAUCAAAUGUACUGUGAAUGCAAUUACAAACAAGCGACGCAAUGGAAAAGUACAUGGUUCAGUGCACUUUUUAGAUUAUUCGAUUGAGAAAUAUGGACAACAAUUGGUGGAUGACACAAAAUGCUUGCUGAAUAUUUUGCUGUUAUUUCUGCCAUUGUCGAUGUACUGGGCAUUAGCUGAACAGCAGUACUCACGUUGGAUCGUUCAAGCAAUGAAAAUGAACGGUGAUCUUGGAUUUUAUCACAUUUUACCGGAUCAAAUGCUCUUUCUUAAUCCCAUACUGUUGAUCAUUUGUAUUCCAUUGUUCGACUACUGUUUCUAUCCACUUUUGUAUAAAAUCAAUUUCAAAACAUCGUUACAAAAAAUCACAGCCGGUGGUUUAUCAGUCGCGAUGGCAAUUUUGAUAUCAGCCAUCGUUGAAUUCAGAAUUGAAUCAUGUGCACCGAAUUCAUUGUCCAUUCUAUGGCAAAUACCACAAUAUAUUAUUUUAGGCAUGAGCGAAGUAAUGUUCUAUGUAACAGGAUUGACUUUUGCCUAUGAACAAGCUCCGAAGAGUAUGAAGUCCGUGGUACAGUCGUUUUGGCUUCUAACCGUUGCAAUUGGUAAUGCAGUUAUUGUGGUCAUAACCGAAUUGAAGCUGUUUGAAUCACAAGUGCAUGAAUUUCUUUUAUAUUUUUGUUUAAUGAUAGUUUGUAUGAUAAUAUUCAUAUGUCACGCUUUUAGAUUUAGACGCUUAAAUUCAGCUCAAAAUUUAUUGAAACAAGAUGUUCCGUAA